GCCCAUUAAGUUUUGAAGAUGGACACGAUAUUUAUUUUAUAGCUAAUAACGCAAAUGCUCAAAUCAACAAAACAUUAUCGACAGUGGAAUACACGCAGUCUAACACCGACCCAGUCGAUAUUCAAGUUGCUGUGAGGAAUAGUAAUGGUCGUUCUUCGCCCGGCAUUGUUAUAAAUGUCCUACUGUGUACUGGCUGUAGUGGACAUGGUGUUUGUUCUAAUGUUAUUAGAGAUGACCAGCAACAAACAGAGUACUUUAAAUAUUCCGAAUGUGUCUGCGAAUCUCCAUAUGAUGGUAAUGAUAACAUGAUUGCAAAAUUCCAGAUAAUGGUCCUAACUGUGAAAAUGAAAAAGAUUGGUGUUCAACAAAUCCUUGUUCAUUAGAAAGAGAAUGUACAACUCUAAGUGCCAGAGAGCAGCUUAGCGAAGGCAAGUCCUAUAUGUGUGCUGAAUGCCCUGAUGGUUACGUUAAGGACAUGAACGAUUCUGAUAUCGACGAGUGUAUAGAUGUUGAUGAAUGUUCUGAAAAGACAACAUAUUGCGAACACAUAUGUGUUAACACGGAGGGUAGUUUUGAAUGUUCAUGCUACACUGGGUAUCGAGUUAUUGCAAGGAACAUAAGCAAGUGUAAUGAUAUAAAUGAAUGCGAAGAAGCAUUGGAUAAUUGUUCACAUCUAUGUGUAAACAAUCCAGGUGGGUUCUCCUGCCAAUGCCAUGAUGGAUAUAAACUUCAAGAUGACGGUUCGACUUGUGUUGCUGAUACAGCAACAGGCGUUUGUAAUACCUCUAGUGAAAGUAAAUGCGCAGACACUGGUGGAUGUACUCUUGAAGCUAAUGGAAUUGCAAAAUGUUUCUGUGACAGAGGGUGGGAGUUGGAUGCUAAUGGUGUCGCUUGCAAUGAUAUAGAUGAAUGUGCACAGAAUGUUUGUGCCCAAUUAUGCACGAAUAAUCAUGGAAACUUCACCUGUUCUUGCUUUACCGGUUAUUAUUUGAACGGAUUAACUAACUGUGAAGCAUGUGCUGCAACACAAUGGGGUGAAAACUGUGAAAAGGAAUGUGUUUGCACUGGUAGAGGCGCGCAAAUAUGUGACCCUGUAAAAGGAUGUUUGUGUGAUCCUGGAUGGGAAGGCGAUACUUGUGAUGAAGACAUCAACGAAUGUGAUGUCGCUAAUAUUUGCAAAGACCCGAUGAAGGAAUGCAUCAAUAAUUUAGGAUCAUAUCUUUGUCAGUGCAUGAAUGGAUUUCAGGAAAUAAACGGAACAUGUGAAGAUAUAAACGAGUGUACAAGUCCAAAUCUUCAUGACUGCAUGCAAGAUUGUAACAAUGCCUUCGGUGGGUAUACAUGUGGAUGUUUUGAGGGAUAUGUCGAGAUAAAUGAAACAUCUUGUGCAGAUAUCGACGAAUGUGAACAGAGAACAGCUGAUUGUGAACAAAAUUGCAUGAAUGAACCUGGGUUUUACAAUUGUUACUGCAAUACAGGAUACACUCUAAAUGAUGAUAGAUCAUCUUGUGAGAAAGUUUCAGAUCCAUGUUUGCACUUCCAGAACUUGAACUGUUCCCAUUACUGCAAUGCUCUUGAUGUAGGUUAUGCUUGUGGGUGUAGAAAAGGGUUUCAAAUCUUACCUGAUAAAGAGACAUGUUCAGAUGUCAAUGAAUGUACCGACGCCGAUCUUAAUCUUUGUGAUAAGGUUGCAACCUGCAGAAACACAUACGGGUCUUUCACUUGUGAAUGUCCAACAGGAACAAAGCUUGCAAAUGACAAAAGGACAUGCUUAGUAUGCGAUGAAUUCCAUUUUGGUAAGGAAUGUUCUCAGACAUGCGGCUGUUUACACGGAGUUUGUGAUAAGAAAACUGGUUGUGUAUGUGAUUCUGGUUGGAUUGGAAAUAACUGUAACAUUGACAUUGACGAAUGUACAGCUGGUCUUUUACGAUGUUCUGCUGCUAAUACCAGAUGUGUAAAUACAGCUGGCGGAGCUGUUUGUUCCUGCAAAACUGGCUACAUGAAUAUCUCUAAUCAGUGUAUAGAUGUAGAUGAGUGUAAAGAUUCUACAAUGAAUAGCUGUGAUCAAGUUUGUGUCAACACUAACGGAAGCUAUACAUGUAAAUGUCAUCUAGGUUUCACCAUGCUUGAAGGAUCGUGUCAAGAUAUCGAUGAGUGUAGCGGAAUAAAUGACUGUGAUCAGAUAUGUGAUAACACAAUAGGAAGCUAUAGAUGUUCUUGUCACGAAGGAUAUGCUCUUAAUAUAACAGAAAGAAAAUCAUGCAGUCCCAUAUAUGUGUGUACAGAGGAAAAUUCAUCAACGUGUGGGGAUAAUGCAUUAUGCAUGAUGCAGGACGGUGAGAUAGAGUGUCGUUGUUUUAAAGGAUAUGUAAAAAAGAAUGACAUUUGUGUUGACAUAGAUGAAUGCAGUGAAACGCCUUGUUCCCACAAUUGCAUCAAUACUAACGGCAGUUACACGUGCAAUUGUCAAAUCGGAUAUUUCCUUAAGGAAGACAAGGUCACAUGUCAAGUUUGUGACUUAUUCAAGUAUGGCACAAAUUGUGAAGACAUCUGCACUUGCGUACAGCAAAAUACGGAUUCCUGUGACCCAAAGACUGGUCAGUGUUAUUGUAAAAAUGGUUGGACUGGUGAUAAAUGCGAUGAUGAUAUCAAUGAAUGUACGAACAGUGAUAAUGUUUGUCCGAUCAAUUCUGAGUGUUUUAACACGCCUGGCAGCUUUAAUUGUAAAUGCGACAUAGGAUAUCUUCAAGUAGCCUCCGGGGAGUGCAAAGUUUGUGAUAAUCGACACUAUGGAGAAAACUGCAACAGUAUUUGCAAUUGCCACAUUGAAAACACAGACUCCUGCAAUCAUACAAGUGGCGUAUGUACAUGCAAAAAGGGAUGGACAGGGGAAAAAUGUUUGGAUGACAUAAACGAAUGCGAUACUGAUUCAUGUAGUGAUGUUACACAUUCUUUCUGUGAGAAUAGAAAUGGGUCCUACGAAUGCAUAUGUAGAACUGGAUUUCGACGUUUUGAGAAUUUCUGCUGUGAUAUAAAUGAAUGUGAAGAAGAUGCUUUUAACGCUUGUGAACAGUCAUGUAUCAAUUCAAUUGGAAGUUUUCAUUGUGGGUGCUUCAAAGGAUAUUAUAUGGUUAAUAAUGUGUGUAAAGAAUGUUCCAGCAAUACGUUUGGUGAAAAUUGUACGGAACAAUGUGAUUGUGUGGCAACAAAUGUUGAAAAUGUUGGGCAGAUGUGUGACACGGUGACUGGAAACUGUAGAUGUAAAUCUAACUGGAAAGGAGAAACGUGUGCGGAAGAUGUUGAUGAAUGUGAAGAAACAACAUUGUGCAGUGAAAAGAUUAAUACAACAUGUGUAAAUACGCAGGGCUGGUACCAAUGCGAUUGUAUCAAAGGUUUCAAAGAAAAUGCUGACGGACAUUGCGUUGCAGAAUGUUCCGGCAAUACUUUUGGUGAAAAUUGUACGGAACAAUGUGAUUGUGUAGCAACAAAUGCUGAAAAUGAAGAACAGACAUGUGACACGGUGACUGGAAAGUGUAGAUGUAAACCUAACUGGAAAGGAGAAACUUGUGCGGAAGAUGUUGAUGAAUGUGAAGAUACAUCCUUGUGCAGUGAUAAAAACAAUACAACAUGUUUAAAUACGCACGGCUGGUACAAAUGCGAUUGUAUAAAGGGUUUUAAAGAAAAUGCAGACGGACAAUGCGUUGCAGAAUGUCCCAGAAAUACAUUUGGUGAAAAUUGUACAGAACAAUGUAAAUGCCUAGCAAUAAAUGCUGAAAAUGAAGAACAGACAUGUGACACGGUGACUGGAAAGUGUAGAUGUAAAAACCUAACUGGAAAGGAGAACACCUGUGAGGAUGAUGUGGAUGAAUGUGAGGAAGACACAACAUUGUGCUAUGAUAAAGAUGAAUACAACAUGUGUAAAUACACACGGCUGGUAUCAAUGCGAUGUAUCAAAGGUUUCAAAGAAAAUGCUGACGGACAUUGCGUUGCAGAAUGUUCCGGCAAUACUUUUGGUGAAAAUUGUACGGAACAAUGUGAUUGUGUAGCAACAAAUGCUGAAAAUGUUGAGAAGAUGUGUGACACAGUGACUGGAAAGUGUAGAUGUAAAUCGAAUUGGAAAGGAGACACCUGUGCGGAAGAUGUGGAUGAAUGUGAAGAUACAACAUUGUGCAGUGACAAGAUUAAUACAACAUGUGUAAAUACGCACGGCUGGUACCAAUGCGAUUGUAUAAGAGGUUUUAAGGAAAAUGCGGACGGACAAUGCGUUGGAGAUAGCAGUUUUUCAACGGAUAUUCCUAAAGUUACUGGUGUAAUGACAUUUAAUUUUAGUAUUACAAUUCACACGAACUCAUUGGCAGGAGUUAACAUGAAGUCAGCAAAUUCCUUCGAUAUUGUGAGAGGGAAAGUGGAAAAAAGCUUGUUGGGAUUUUACUCCCGUUAUACAGCUGCCGUGAUUCAAAUAUUUAUUGUUGACUUAAAAAUUGGAAGCAUCAAAGUGGAUUAUGUAAUUGCAUUUGAUGAAGAAACGGGAGUGUCCUCUGAACUCAUUACAGCAUCUGCCGAACUAAUUCAAGGGGCACAGAUAAUGUUUGACGGUGAAUUGGUGAAUGCCACUUCUGAUCGGCAUCAAAAUAUGGACCAGUGCACGUUGUAUUCGGUGUUGAUAGGAAGCUGCGAUGACGGUUAUCACUGUGAAGUUUCAAACAACGUUCCAAUAUGCAGACAAAACAAAGAAGAUGACGGACUAUUUCAUAUUAUCAUUGUUAUCAUUUCAACAUUGGGUGGUCUGUUACUAAUUAUCGGGGCGAUAAUUGUUAUCAUUUGUCUUCGAAAACGGAAACAAAGGCAGAAAAAGGAUGGAAAACAAAGGAAAUAUUUUGCUGACAAUAUGAAAGAAAGGAAUUAUGGAGGGGGGAAUUAUCUUAGAACUGCAAAAUCUACCAAUGAAGACAUUAUUUCCAAAGGAAGAUUAAACUCGAAAGUCCUUGCAUGGAACCAGAAGCAAUCUGAAUUCACUGACCUCGCCGGACGAGAUGUUGCGUACAAUAAACCACUACAUAUCCCCAGAGCUCACAAUGAAAGGGGUAAUUCGUUUGGAAUACACAACAACGGCUCUGAAAGUGGUGGAACAAGAGCAAACAGAGCCCGUUAUGAUAAUGGAAUCUUCAAAAGCAGCCAUGGCGUAACUGGAGGUAGAUCUAACAGAGCCCAUAAUGACAAUGGAAUUCACAAUGAUGGUUUAGAAAGUGAUGGAUUCAGAGUUAAAAGAGCCAGUGCUAAUUUUGUGAUGAACAAGGGCUUUGAUCAUACUGGGGGUAGAUCUUACAGAUCUUCGUAUGAUGACAAGAUGGAUCGAGAGGAAUAUUUCAACUUUUAAGAAAUAGAACCCAAUUUUACUGCAAAGAUAAUGAAAUGAAUGUUUUUUAUUCUAUUUUAGUUCUGAUAAGAUAAAUAAAGAUAAAAACGUGUCUCCAACAGAAAAUGAAAAAAGGAAAACACUAAAGAAUUGUUUCUAUCAUGAUGAUUAACUUAUAGUCUUUUGUAUAUAUUCAAAUAUCUUGUUUUUCCUCUUAUACUAGACAAUGAGUAUUUUCAGGAAGAUAAGUCUUGACAGAUUGUAUAGCAAUUUAUAGUGCGUGUAAAAGAUCCUGUAUGUUGCAAACUUUUUUAUAUUUUUAAAUUUUAUAUAUGUAUAUAAUUAUGCUUCUAAAACAAUUUUCGUAUCGAAGAAUAUGCUAAAUAUGUACUGCAAAUAUUUGUCCAUAUUAUAUGUAAUCAUUAAAAUAUAUGCAUUCAUUUCUUAUUAAAAAAUUUGACUUGGACGUUAUAGAAAAUAAAUAUCUAAUUACCUCCCUUGAUUAACAUGAAAUGUAAAUUCAGUAAUAUCUUUACAAAUAAUGCUUUUUUGGAACUUACAAUAUUGAAAAAUCUUCAUUUGAGCAUUAUAUUUAGGAUAUAAAACCAUAAAAAAGAGUAACAGGAUCUUUAAAUAUUUUAUAAUUUUUUUAUUUCAAGUUAAAAUUCUUUUGAUUUCGAUGUAUCUAACUAUUAAAGUGAUAUCUCACAUUUGUUUUUCUAACGAAAUUGUGAGAACACAAUUGCCAGAAUUUCCAAUGUAAGCAAAUGAGGCAAAUGGUUAAACAACAUUUUUAUACUUUUCGACAACAUAGCUAUUAUAGUUUUCUCCCUAAUACUUUUAAUCAUUUUAACGUGUGAUUGUUGUAUGUUUAAUGGUAAUGAUUGACUCCUAAAUUUGUUCGUUAAGUUAUAAAUUCCACAAGCUUUGUAGUAAAGAGAAAAAGAAAAAUCUUUGUAUUUAUAGUAUAAGACAUAUUUCUUUCUAGCUUUGAUUAUGCAUGUAAAUGGACUUUGGUUAAAUUUGAAGAUUAAUCAUCAAACAAAUCAUUCAAGAAUAAUAAGACAAACUAAAUUAUGAUUAAUUUUUUCAUUCAACGAUUUCCCAUUUGAUUUUGGCCAGAAAUAAUUGGUAAACUUCUUAUAAGAAGAUUUAUAAGUAUCAUAGUGAAGUAAGAAAUUUAUUAAAUCUAUCGCUUUACAUGCUAAAUGUUUGCA